AAAAAAAAAACACUAAUGUCUUUUUAUUUUAUUUUAUUUUAAGGUUAAUGAUGUUAUGUUACUUUUUCCCAAUUCAUGGGUUUCAGGUGUCAAUGUGUGAGAAGAAACAACAAUAGAAAGAGAAAAGAUAUAGUUGGAAGUGAAGGAACCAUACCCUACACCGUUGACAAAAUUAGGUAGUGACUUAUUAGUGACACUUUUUUUUGGUUUUGUUUUUGGUUCUUUCAUUCAUUGAUUUUGAUUGAUUUUUCUAGUAAUAAUAAUGACUAUAGAGAGUGUAAGCUUGUGAUGUGUUGCCUUAGAUCCAGGCAACUCACCAGUGGUAUGUGGAAGAAAAAAAGGUGUUAUCUUUUUAGGUUUAUCUUGUGAUUUUUUUAAGACUUUGCACUUUUUCUGGGUUUCUUUCUCAUGACUUGUUUGUUCUUUCUUGUGUUUGUAGAUAAGGGGUGUUGUUGUUUUCUUAGCCCUUUUUAAAAUUUGUCUCUUUUUAAUUGGUGGGGUUUAAUUUUUCUUAGUGGAGUAUGUUUUCAUACAGAUAAAGUUUGUAUUUUUAAAUGUUUUCUGGCUGUUUCCAAUUGUUCUUCUCCCUAUAGGUUGUUCACAAAGAAGAGUUGUGACAAGAAGUUGUUUAUGCUAAGUGUGGCAAUAGCUAUUUUUAUGGUUGAAAUUUCUUGAAAUGGAAGUUUGGAUCCAUUAUUGUUGACCAGAUCUGAUUACUGAAUUUUUCUUUUAGCAAUUAUUUAGCUUGUUCAUGCUUUGUAUUGCUUGAAUUUUGCUUCUUCUUUUGUCAUAUAGGGUCUCCUUAGGGAUGGAAAAUGCCACACUUCAUAUUUUAAGAUCCUUUUCAAUCAGAAAAGCAGGUGAUCAAUUAGUUGAAAUAUGAAAGGUUUUGUGAUACCAAAGGGGUGGGAGGUUAACUUUUUGUAUUAUCUAGAUAGGGAUUUCAAUGGAAGUGUUGUUAUAUGUGGUUUCAGUUCCAUUAAGAGUAGAUAACUUAGUCUGCGAUAACUCAAUCAUAGCUACAUACAUGGAUGUAUCCAAAUUUAAUUCUGUAACUAAGGUUUCCACCGAGACAGUUGUAAGUUCAGACGAUUGUCAUAAUAAUGGUGGCAAUUUGGAUGUUGAAAUCGGUAUUAAAGAAGUCACGCCACCGGAAUUAGAUAAGAAAGGAGAAAGUCCUUUGAUGGAUAUGAUAUCCGAAAGUAAAAGUGUUUUGGUUGCUGGUGAUGUAGGUUUAGCUCCUGAAAGUGAGGAGGAUGAUUCAUUAUCAUUGGAAGGUGAACAGUUUAUUGAUAGCUCGUGUUCUCUAUCAGUUGUUAGUGAAAACAGUAGUAUAGGUGGAGAGGAGUUUAUCGCUUCUGAUGCUACUUCAGAAGUUGGGACACCAUGUUCGAUAGACAUGGAGAAGAGUAUCGGUCCGGUCAAUAUUGUUGCUCCAGCUGCUGAUUUGGGGGAGUCGAAUGUUGACACAGAUAUUAUGAGUGAACCCCUUGACGUGGCAGAGAGUUUGGACCAAGAAAUUGGAGUUGAAUCAGACCCAAAGCCUUCUACAGUUGUUGUUCAUCAGCUGCCUCAGGAAGAGGGAACAAGUGUAACAGUUGUCCGGAGUGUUUUUGAAUUGGAUUAUACCCCGUUAUGGGGAUUCAUAUCGCUAUGCGGAAGAAGACCUGAAAUGGAAGACGCAUUUGCAACUGUUCCUCGAUUUUUGAACAUUCCCAUUCAAAUGCUAAUCGGUGAUCGAGUACAUGACGGAAUAAACCGGUCUUUUAGGCCACAAAUGACUCAUUUCUUUGGAGUCUAUGAUGGCCAUGGUGGCUCUCAGGUGGCAAAUUAUUGUCGCGAACGCAUCCAUUUGGCCUUGGCUGAGGAAAUAGAAUUUGUUAAGGAAGGUCUAAUCAAUGGUAGUAUUAAGGAUGGUUGCCAAGAUCAAUGGAAAAAAGCUUUCACCAAUUGUUUCUUAAAGGUUGAUGCUGAAAUUGGCGGAACAACUAAUAAUGAAGCUAUUGCGCCAGAAACUGUUGGCUCCACUGCUGUUGUUGCUCUUAUAUGUUCAUCUCAUAUUAUAGUUGCGAAUUGUGGUGAUUCCAGAGCCGUUCUUUGUCGUGGCAAAGAACCAAUGGCGUUAUCAGUGGACCAUAAACCGAACAGAGAAGAUGAAUAUGCAAGAAUUGAAGCAGCCGGAGGAAAGGUGAUACAAUGGAAUGGCCAUCGUGUAUUUGGUGUCCUAGCAAUGUCAAGGUCUAUCGGUGACAGAUAUUUGAAACCGUGGAUUAUUCCGGAUCCAGAAGUUCAAUUCAUUCCUCGUGCAAAAGAGGACGAAUGUCUCAUUUUGGCUAGUGAUGGUCUGUGGGAUGUGAUGACAAACGAAGAAGUGUGUGAUCUGGCUCGAAAACGUAUACUUCUUUGGUACAAGAAAAACGGCUUAGAACUACCCUCAGAAAGGGGAGAGGGAAGUGAUCCUGCUGCACAAGCAGCAGCAGAGUUUCUGUCGAAUCGCGCUCUUCAGAAAGGAAGCAAAGACAACAUCACCGUGAUUGUUGUCGAUCUAAAACCUCAACGCAAGUACAAGAACAAGACAUGAUGAUGUCGAGGUUGUUUGAAGAUUAUUAUUGUACUAUAGAAGCAUAAUAUAAUCCAAUAUAGUUUUUUUUGCCCCAUUAAUUUUUCACCAGGGCAUUCAUCCUCUGUACUAUAAUACAUCUUACCUAGAACUCAACUAAUUAAGAGUCUCCUUCACUGUACUGCAUUGGAUUGGAGCUAUGUAAAUUUAGCUGCUUAUUGUAGGGAUGAUAAGAGACUACAUCCAAUGCCUUUGACAUCUUUUAGCAUAUUGUAUUCAUUAUUAUGCCUCCGAGUACAAAGGCUCUGUGAGGUAAAAACUUGAAUAUUAUUUUAGCAUGUGUGUUUAUAAAGCAGUAACUAAUUUGUUA